AUGGCUCCCGUCAGGGUGGUUUUGCUCGACAUUGAGGGUACCGUCUGUCCCAUCUCAUUUGUCAAGGACGUUCUUUUCCCCUACGCCCUUGAAGCGCUCCCGGGCACCUUGAAGGCCAAGUGGGACUCUCCCGAGUUCGCGCCCUACCGCGCCGCCUUCCCCGCGGAGCAUGCCGGGUCCCAGGAGUCCCUCGCGGCGCACGUCCGCGAUCUCAUGAGCAAGGAUCUCAAGAUCUCGUACCUCAAGAGCCUCCAGGGCUACCUGUGGGAGACGGGCUACCGCAAUGGCGAGCUCAAGGCCCCGCUGUUCCCGGACGUGGCGCCCCAGCUGGCCCGUUGGCGGGAGCACGGUGGUGCCAAAGUCAUGAUCUACUCGUCCGGCUCCGUGCCGGCCCAGAAGCUCCUGUUUGGACACACCAACGGCGAGCCGUCCGAUAUCCUGCCCUGGCUGUCGGACUUCUUUGAUACGGUCAACGCCGGGCCGAAGCAGGAGAAGGCUAGCUACGAGGAGAUCGCGGCUAAGCAUCAGGAGUAUCCCAUUGGCGAGUGGCUGUUCCUCAGUGACAAUGUCAAGGAGGUCGAGGCCGCGAAGCAGGCCGGCACGCAGAGCUACAUUGUUGACAGGCCUGGUAAUGCCGAGUUGUCGGAGGAGGCAAGGAAGCAGCAUAGGGUCAUCGAGAGCUUUGAGGAGAUUGGUGAUCUGUGA